UAGAAAGUGAGGGGCGGGCACAGUGGGCUCCAGGUAUCCGGGAGAGGAUGGACCCCGAGGCCCGCGACCACAGCCUGGCCUUCCGCAAUCUCCACAGCAGCUCUGGAGAGAUGAAGCUGCGGAAGAGGAAGUCCACGCAGUACGUGAGCGCGCAGGGGAAGCGCUCUCGGCGCCGUGGUCUUCUUGGAGAAAACAUUUACCUGGUCUUAUUUACCAUUGCUCUGCGAGUAUGUAACUGCUUCUUAGUCCAGACCAGUUUUGUUCCUGAUGAAUACUGGCAGUCUCUCGAAGUUGCGCACCACAUGGUUUUCAGUUAUGGUUAUUUGACCUGGGAAUGGACAGAGAAAUUGAGAGGUUACACUUAUCCCCUAAUCUUUGCAAGCAUUUAUAAGAGUCUGCAUCUUCUAGGGAAAGACAGUGUUCAAUUACUGAUCUGGAUUCCCAGACUUGGCCAAGCUCUUCUGUCUGCUGUAGCAGAUGUAAGGCUUUACUCCCUCGUGAAGCAGCUGGAAAAUCAGGAAGUGGCACGAUGGGUGUUUUUCUGCCAGCUGUGCUCCUGGUUCACGUGGUACUGCUGUACCCGGACUCUCACAAACACCACGGAGACUGCCCUUACUGCCAUCGCCCUUUUCUACUAUCCUCUGGAAGGCUUGAGGUCCGUGAACAGUGUCAAGUACUUGCUCUUGGUUGCCCUUGCUUGUGUGGUCCGCCCCACAGCUCUUAUCCCAUGGGUGCUGUUACUCUGCAGACAUUUCUACCAAGAACAGAGAAAGUUCCAUCUGACUCUACAUCACUUUCUACCUGUAGGAUUUACAACCUUCAGUUUGUCUCUGCUAAUUGAUCGUAUCUUUUUUGGCCAAUGGACGCUGGUCCAAUUUAAUUUUUUGAAAUUUAACGUGAUAAAGAACUUGGGGACAUUUUAUGGCUCCCAUCCAUGGCACUGGUACUUUAGUCAAGGGUUUCCAGUUGUCCUGGGGACCCACUUACCCUUCUUCAUUCACGGUUGCUUCCUGGCCCCAAGGAGGUUCCACAUACUACUGCUGACUGUCCUGUGGACACUGCUGGUAUACAGUAUGUUGGGCCACAAAGAAUUCAGGUUUAUCUAUCCAGUUUUACCAUUUUGCAUGGUGUUCUGUGGAUACUCACUAGCCCACCUGAAGGCAUGGAGGAAGGCAGUGCUGAGCUUUCUGCUCUUGUCAAAUGUGCCGCUGGCACUCUACACUGGCCUAGUUCAUCAGAGAGGCACUCUGGAUGUCAUGAAUCACAUUCAGAAAGUCUGCCCCACAGGUCCUGACCCAGCUUCAGCCUCCAUCUUCAUAAUGAUGCCCUGCCACUCCACGCCUUACUACAGCCAUGUUCACUGCCAACUGUCUAUGCGGUUUCUCCAGUGUCCCCCAGACUUGACUGGAAAAACUCAGUAUCUUGAUGAAGCAGAUAUGUUCUACUUACACCCCUUAAGCUGGCUACAACAAGAGUUUCACAGCAAUGCGUCACUCCCCACUCACUUGGUCACCUUCAGUGUUCUGGAGAAGGAGAUCCAUGCCUUCCUCACCUCACGGAGCUAUGAGAGGACAGCUACAUUCUUCCACACUCACUGGCCAGAGGGUCGAACUGGAAGUCACAUACAUGUCUAUGAGCGACGGUUAACUGGCAGAGUCAACACAGGAGGAACUGAACUGUGAGGACUUCUGCAGAGAUGAUGGCAUAACUGAGAGAAACUAUAGGUGACUCGUGACAUGAGGGAAGCCACCGGGGACAGCUGUACCGUUCACUGUCCUGAGACACUCUCAGGGAACACUAGUACGGCGCCAGACUUGAGAGAGACCGUUAGUUUUCCUCAUGGUGCAGUUUAUUGUUUCUUCCAUAGCAUUCGGGUGCACAAGAGAGUUCACAUGGCAAGCCAGCAAGCUCUUCACAAGCCAACGGGCUCUUGAACCCACAGAGAGACAAAAGCGUGAGAGUAGAAAUGUUAGAGCAGAGUCCCACCUCAGCUCAGUCCUCAAGCCCUGCUGCGCACCUGCCCACAACACUUACCGCCCUGUGUGAGCCAAGCUGCUCGCCCUAAGCUUAGCUUCUCAAACCAAGCCUUGUUUCAUGCAUAGAAUGUUUCAUGCCUGGCUUCCUCAAUAAAACUACCAUUUUUUUUUCCAGAGCAAAAAAAAAAAGUUUUUGUUUUUAACAAACUUAAACUACAGUAAAAUGCAAGUUAGUAAGCUUUGCUUUUGCAUAAUAUAAAGACAGUCAUGGGGAGUUCAUCUUAAUUUCAACAUCAAAUGAAGUAGAAAGCAUCCACAUCUGUUAACUUUCUAGUUUAACUUAAUCAUGAGUCAGUACUUAGGAGCAAAAGGUAGCUGCCCCAGUUCUAUCUCAAGAUUUGCCGUGUGUCUUCCAUUAGCGCGACCAUAGUUACGCCAUUUACCUUCCCUUCUAUAAGGCUGCAGAUGAAGGGGCUUCUGCUCUUGUUUUCGGUGCCUGGAGUUUUCAAUAUUUACCAUACGUUGCUUUUUAUCAGGUCGACUGAAAGUAGUAAACACAUGUUUUAUCUAUGUUAGAGUUCAGUUUUCUAAAAGUAAAAAUAACAAUGUUUUUCUCCACUAAUCUAUCUAAACACUGCAAAAAGAUAAAAUAUAAAAUCUUAUUAUGAUACCAGGUAAAAGGGGUAUUAUUUCAACACUGAAGAAAAAAAGAUAGACAUAAAUACCCUUGCACUGGCUGGAAGGGAAAUCUAACAGGAAUGUAACAAUAAAAUAAUGAGGUGUUUCCGUUAUUACUCCAGUAAGAACAACCAGUCUCAGGUCCACUGGCUUUAUCCCUCAACUGAGAUAAUAUACACAUCUUGCAAAGCAGUCUCCAACUUUCCCCCUUUUCAGGCCAGUGCAGUGAGCAGGCACUCCCACUCAGCCUGCUGGCUUCUCCAUUGCUUUACACAAAGACCUGAACACAAGCACCCUGCAGUCUUUAGCUCUAAGCACCUGACUUGACAUCUCUGGGUUCCUGUGCGUCACUCUGCACUCUUCUUUGCUUAGCUUUCUCUCUAACCAGCACAGAUGUCGGUGUCCCCUGCACUAGACCUUCCAAUGAAGACUGGCUUCGAAGUGAGUUUGAGUAGAAAUGGUUGUGUAACUACCAACCCGUCUCUCCAAAUAAAUGCCAACAGAUACCUCCAAAUCAA